UCAUCAGAUAAAUUCUUUUCUUGAAAGUAAUCAUUCAAAUAACGAUGAUCAAAUAUCGUCACCAAUUCCACUUGCUUUGAACCAUUCUAAAGAUCAUAUAGAGAUAUUUUGUGAUGAUAACCUUCAUGAAUCUGAUUCCGAAACAAUAAAGUUGGAUCACGAAAAUGCGAACAAUUCUACAACUGUUUCGCAAGGCACGACUGGUAAUUUGUGUUAUGUUACGGAAAAAAUUGUCUUAAAUUGUUUUUAA